GGGGUCCUAGUCACCAUGGAGGACCCGCUUCUGGAAGAGACCAAGGAGCAGCUGGAUUCGGCAAAAGAGAGGAGUCGCAGUGCAGGAGGCGACAUCCGCCAUCUGGGGGCCCUGCAGUGCACCCGCUGCCUCAUCACCUUCGCCAAUUCCAAGUUCCAGCAGCGCCACAUGAAGCGGGAGCACCCAGCCGACUUCGUGGCCCAGAAGCUGCAGGGGGCGCUCUUCAUCUGCUUCACCUGCGCCCGCUCCUUCCUCUCCUCCAAGGCCCUGAUCGCCCACCAGCGCAGCCACAGUCCUGCUACCAGGCCCUCCCUGACGGUUGCACCCACCAUUGCCCAGACCACCUUCCCCUGCCCUGAUUGUGAGACCUUUGGGCAGGCCACUUCUCUGAGGUGGCACCGCCAGGUGCAUGAAGCUCGCUUCCCUCCUGGCCCCUGUGCCUGCACUGAAUGUGGGCAGGACUUUGCCCAGGAAGCUGGGCUGCAUCAACACUACAUCUGGCGCGCCCGUGGGGACCUCUGAGUGCAGCUUCAGCCCUCCCCAGGGCAAAGGGGGCUCUGUGGUUGGUGGGACCUACCUUUAAUAAUGGGAUGGGCCCUUGGAGGAGUUUGCUGGAAAGGCAAAGGGCUCCUGAUAAACAGAACCCAGAAUAUGCUCUUUAGAGCUUCAGUCCUUGGAGGACAGAAGGCCUUCGGUGAAAUAAGACAAUCGUGAGAUCUUUUGUUAAAAAAUAUAUGUAAGAGGGAAAAUUAUUUUUAUCUCCCUCAUUCCCACUUAAGUGGUUUGAAAUCACAAGCAGCUGUAGAUUGUGUAAGCACCUUUAAUUCUUCCCAGAUGGAUGCCAUGGACCGUAGGAGCAAAUUGCCCUGGCUUUGUGCCUGACUGGGGGCCGGGAAGGUGAGUGUUGCUGGCCUGUGAAGCCACCAGAUGGGUCCCAGACAUGGAGCAGCUCCAGCCUUUGGGGACGGGCAGCAAAGUUAGGAGCUGUUCUGAGUAAUGUGGGGGUGCAGUUCAAAUCUGUCGUCUCCAGACCCUCUCCCAGCCUUUCCCACUCGAGGGGCCAUGGCAUUGGGUGGCUUUGUCCUCCCACCCCAGAUAAUUUAAAUAAUUUUAUGCACCAUUUUGGUCAUGGGAUAUUUUGUAUAUGUUAGGUGACAUGAAUAAACUAACAGAAAUAGUAUCUAAAAACAGAAAAGCUCUACAUUAAGAUAGCUAAACAAGGAACUCUGGUUUUUCAGCAGAAAUCCCCAGAGUACAUAAGAAGGGCAUGAGGAGGGGGGUCUCAGGCCGUAGCCCUGUGAGGAAACUGGUUUGGAAUCAAACAGAGAUACCUUCUGUUUCCUGUUGUAUUUGGCCAACAUUGGGAGAUUUCCCAUUAAGAUCCUAUUUUCAGCUCUUGAAAAGCCCAUCCUCAGCUGAGUGGCCAAUUUAACUCCUUGCAUUACCUGCCCUGCCCCUAGACCAGGGGUGGGCAAACUUUUUGACUCGAGGGCCACAAUGGGUUCUUAAACUGGACCGGAGGGCCGGAACAAAAGCAUGGAUGGAGUGUUUGUGUGAACUAAUAUAAAUUCAAAGUAAAUAUCAUUACAUAAAAGGGUAUGGUCUUUUUUUUUUUUUUUUUAAGUUUUAUUCAUUUCAAACAGGCCGG